AAGGGGAGAGGGACCGCUGUACACUCAGCCUAUCAUCACUCGCAGGAAGAUGGAUGAUUUCCCGGGCCAGGCGUCCGGCGCCGGGCUCUGUACGGAGACGUCAGAGAGCUCUGGUCCGCGUUGGAAGAGCCCCCCAGCCCCUCCCCGCACCGGGGCUUGUAUAUAAAGUCGGGACCCGAGUGCAGGCUACAGCAGUGGCGCGGACGGCGGAGGCAGUGGUGGAGCUGCUCCCAGGUCGGGUCCUCCCGUCGCUGCUCCGCCAGGAGAACGCACUCGUUACCCAGCCUCACCCAGCCUCGCCGCGGCGCUCCGAGGGCUUCCGCCGGGAUCAUGCGCGGCCCCGAGCUUCCGCUGGUCCUGCUGGCGCUGGUCCUUUGCCAAGCGUCCCGGGGGCCAGCCGCCCCGGUGCCGGAGGGCGGAGGGACAGUGCUGGCCAAGAUGUACCCGCGCGGCAACCACUGGGCGGUGGGACAUUUAAUGGGAAAAAAAAGCACAGGUGAGUCCCCGCAUGGGCUUCAGGGAGACAGCCUGGAGAAGCAACUAAGGGAAGACAUUCAUGGGGAAGAAGCUACAGGGAGUUUGCUGGGCCUCAUAGAAGCAAAGGGAAACAGAAGUCAUUGGCCUCCUCAACUCAAGCCCUUAAGCAACCACCAGCCCACUUGGGACACAGAGGAUAGCAGCGACUUUAAAGAUGUAGGUGAAACAGGCAACAUUGGUAGACAUUCUGCUCCAGGUUCUCAAGGGGAAGGAAGGAACUCCCGGCUAAACAGACAGUGGUGAUGAUGGCCUCAAAGGAACAGAACAAAAUCCUUAAGAGACUGCAUUCUGCAAGCAUCAGUUCUACUGAAUCACCAAUGAGAUCUCCUUUGUGCAAAACACUUCACUCUUCUUGUAUCUUUCAACCUUGACUAAAUUCGUAAUUUUCAAGCAGUAUCUUCUGGUUUGAGCUUGUUUGCUGUGAACAAUUGUCCAAAACAGAGUCUUCCAAUGGAUGCUUUGUAUAUCUAGGCUACUUGUUAAUUAGAUUCAGGGCCCCAGUCUGUUACCAUUCACAAUAAAAGCUUAAACACCUUGU